CAACAGUCCUUGCCUUAUAGGUGGAGCUAAAAACACCGUAAACAUGGCAAUCAAACAGCAAGAUCGCUAUAAAACGAGUUUGUCAAGAGAGCCGGAUCCUAAAAAUUGCAUUAUUGUCAUAAAGUCUAGCGAGCAUUGAUAACUCAAUGGCGUGUGUUUUAUGGCAUAUUUAGUAUGCUGAUAGUUUGUUCACCUGCUGAGCAGCACUCAGUCGCGGCUUGACUUCAGUGCAUUUCUACCCGAAAUAUCUUUAUCCUUUAAACUUUCCCAUUUACUCGUAUAGUUCAUUGUUUAAAAUAAGGAUGGCUGUGACUAAAUCUAAUUUAGCGAUAGGACUUUCAGUUCUGGGAGGCUUGGGAGUGCUGUUCGGGACUGUCCUGGUUUUUGUCGGACCAAUUACAAUAGACGAUCAAAUAGUCAAGAAUGUUGAGAUUAAUCCGAAGAAUGACCUCUCCUACACUAUGUGGAAGGACAUCCCGGUCCCCUUCUUCAUGUCUGUUUAUUUCUAUCAUGUUGUCAACCCUGAUGAAAUCCUAAAUGGGGAGAAGCCCAUGGUUGAACAGAGAGGACCUUACGUUUACCGUGAAAAACGCUGGAAGGACAAUAUCACCUUCCACGACAACAACACAGUGUCAUAUCAAGAAUAUCGGCAAUAUUUCUUCGAGGAAAGCAUGUCUGUGGGUGAUGAAUCUGAUGUGGUCACCAUCCCAAACAUGCUAGUACUGGGUGCAGCAAUCAUGAUGGAGAAUAUGCCAUUUCCUGUACGGUUAUUGAUCAGCACCACCUUCAAGACCUUUAAAGAGGGUCCUUUCUUGACUAAACCAGUGGGUGAACUCAUGUGGGGCUACGAGAGCAAGUUGGUGGACUUUCUGAAUAAAUAUAUCCCUGGAAUGCUGCCAUCCAGUGGGAAAUUUGGCCUGUUUGCAGAAUUUAACAACUCCAACACUGGACAGUUCACUGUCUUCACUGGCCAGAAUGACAUCAGGAAAGUUCAUAUGGUGGAUUCCUGGAAUGGCCUUAAAAAGGUGAAUUACUGGAACACUGACCAGUGUAACAUGAUCAAUGGUACAGCGGGCCAAAUGUGGCCUCCGUUCAUGACCACAGAGUCCACCCUUCCCUUCUACAGCCCUGAUGCCUGCAGGUCCAUGGAGCUAGUGUAUCAACGACCGGGUAUGUCGCGUGGGAUUCCUGUAUACCGUUACGUGGCCCCAAAGACUCUCUUCGCCAACGGUACAGAUUAUCCCCCCAAUGAGGGCUUUUGUCCAUGCAGACAGUCAGGCCUUCUCAACGUCAGCACCUGCAGACACAAUUCCCCUGUGUUCAUCUCCCAACCUCAUUUCUACAAUGCUGAUCCCGCUCUUUUGGACACUGUAAACGGACUGAGCCCUUCUGAGGAGCAACAUGGGCUUUUCAUUGAUAUUCAUCCGGAGACUGGCGUGCCGAUGAAUGUGUCCAUUCGAUUGCAGCUCAACCUUCUCAUGAAGAGAGUAUCGGGCUUCUCAGAGACAGGAAAGAUAACGGAGGUAGUGAUGCCCAUGAUCUGGUUUGAAGAGAGCGGAUACAUUGAUGGUCCUGUCCUGAACACUUUCCGCACUAAUCUGGUGGUGUUGCCCAUGGUAAUGGAGUACAUGCAGUAUAUCUUCAUUGGACUCGGGCUAGCAACCAUUCUUGGAGCCGUGUUAUUAUUCCACGGUGACAAGGAAAGCAUAAAAGAUACAAAAAAACGACACGAGUACCAAUGAGACGCAGGAUGAAAAAUGUUUCAUGAACAAUACAGAUAAAAAGUAAGCUGGGUGCCUGGCGUGGCACUGACGUGGAUCCAGCCAGCGCAACCAGUGAAAAGACCCCAUUACUACAGAACACCGAGAACUAAAAUGGCCAUCCACACUACAGUAUACUUGCAUUAUAAACACAGUGCCACACAAUUACCUGGGAAAUAAAUACAUGAAUUAAUAAUUAUUGGGAUUGAUGAAUAAACUGGUUGGUAACCAGUAGAGACCAAGUAUCAUUAUAAGGGGAUUUGGUGUGUAAUAUGAACUCUUAUGUGAUUAAAUCUACACUGUGGUUUGGUCAGAAAGUGCUACAUGCUGUCAGUACUGGAAUUUUGAAUGUGACCAGAUCUGUGUUAUGGUCCGAUUAGAUUAAGGUCUCUUUUGUAUAUGUCAGCAUUGUUUUUACUUUUAUCUAUGUCACUUCACAUUUAAUGGGCUACUUUAUACUCCACACAAUACACUGCAGUUUUGGCCAAAAAUAUUGGCACCCGCGUGAGCAAAGAAGACUGAAAAAAAAUCUCCAUUGUUUAUCCAUUUAAAAUAUUCACAAAAAUCAAUCCUUUAAUUGAAGUAGAACAAUUGAAACAGGGGAAAUAUUUUGUUCUCCAAAACACGUUGGUCAAAAUUAUUGGCACCUGAAGUAUAUUCUCCUUCAUAUUUUACCUUUUUUAGUGCUCCUGGGUGACUAAGAACAUAGUUCAGCCAUGACUUCCUGUUUCACAGGGGUAUAAAUACGAGUUAAAAAAAAAAGACCUGCCUCAGAAGCUUAAAAUGGGCCCUGGUUGGAUCUUCCAGCAGAAGACAAUGACCUCCAAAACAAACCUCAGAAUCAACACAAAAAUGGUUCACUGACCAUAAAAUCAAGGUUCAUCCAUGGCCAUCUCAAUCCCCUUACCUGAAUCCCAUAGAAAACCUGUGGGGUGAACUGAAGAGAGUCCACCAACAUGGACCUCUGAAUAUGAAGGAUCUGGAGAGAUUCUGUAUGGACGAAUGGUCUCAGAUCUCUUGUCAUGUGUUCUCCAAACAUUAUGCAUUAUAGUAGAAGACUCCGAGCUGUUAUCUUGGCAAAGAGAGGUUGCAAAAAGUAUUGAAUAAAAGGGUGCUGAUAAUUGUGGCCAAUGCAUUUUGGAGAAAAAUAUUUAUUGAAUAAUGAGAUAUUUCUCCUGUUUCAGUUGUUUUACUUCAAUUAAAGGUUUGAUUUUUGUAAAUGUUUCAAAUGAAAGAUUAAAAGCAUAAACAAUGCAGAUUUUGUUGCUCAUAUUUACUAAGGGUGCCAAUAUUUUUGGCCACUUCUGUAGACACUGCAUUUAAAAUAUUGCUUUCACAAGCAGAAUUAAAUGCUGACGAAACCCUUCAGCUGAUGUAUUCAAAUGCCUGGAAACCUUAAGAAAAUUAACUUAGUUGGAGAUAUCUGAAAACCUUUAACCUUGAUCCUGUAAAUAAGUGCUGUGAAAUAACGUGCAUUGAAGGCUCAGCAAGUUUUCUGCUUUCUAUGGAUAUUUCAGUCAAACUCAUUUCAGUGUGUUAACAUAUUCUCUCUGUAAAGGCACAUUUAUGAAUUGAUGUGAAACAUCUUUGAUAUUUUGUAUGUCUUGAUAAUUGUUGAAUGUG